UGUCACCCAAGCGUCAAAAUUUUAUCCAAACUUCAUCUCGUGAUAAACACAAUUCGAAGCUGUUUUCAUCAUAAAAUCAAGUCCUUUUCAUUGUAAUUCACUGCUUUUGUUCAUUUAACUAUUAUUACAAACAUCUACAUCUAUUUUUACCCACCAAACUAAGAUAUUGAGUGUCAUCGUAGUGUGCUAUGUUCAGAAGCUAAACAGUUAUUAGUGCGUGUUAUUAUUAUGGCAUCCGGCUCGAAGAAUGAUAUUGUGAAUAGACUGUUGAACGUGAGGAUGGAAGAUGCGGAAGCCGCCGAGGAGAACCCGCCUCAGAACAUGCUGCCGUCGAAUCAGCUCGCGAGACAAAUCGAGCAGAUGCGCGGCGACGACAACGGCCAGCCGAGCGAGCCAGCGCCGUCCUCGUCCGCCAUAGAGAACAUGCCCACCAACAACUCGAGCGGCCGCCUCCACAACUGGCAAGCGACUAAAACCACCGUAAAAGAACGCUUAUCCUUCUUAUUUAAUAACGAAAUCCUGAGCGACGUCCACUUCAUUGUUGGAAAAGACUCAAACCAGCAGGUCAUCCCGGCGCACAAAUUCGUGCUGUCGGUAGGCAGCGCCGUCUUUGACGCCAUGUUCAAUGGAGUCCUGGCAACCAAAUCUCAUGAAGUAGAGUUACCUGAUGUUGAGCCAGCUGCUUUCUUACUUUUGUUAAAGUUCCUAUAUUCUGAUGAGGUUAGGAUCGGUCCUGAGAGUGUAAUGACCACUUUGUAUACUGCCAAGAAGUAUGCAGUUGCAGCCCUAGAGGAGCACUGUGUAGACUUCCUGAAAAGCAACUUAGGCACAGAUAAUGCUUUCUUGCUCUUGACACAGGCUCGGUUAUUUGAUGAGCCCCAGCUAGCUGCUCUGUGCCUAGAAAUGAUUGACAAGAACACAACAGACGCACUCAACGCUGAGGGCUUCACUGAUAUUGAUCAAGACACCUUAAACGCUGUGCUGGAGAGGGAUACAUUAAGAAUCAGAGAGGCUAAAAUAUUCGCAGCAGUAUUACGCUGGUCUGAAGCAGAAUGCACCAGACGUCACUUGCCCGUGACCCCUAUAAACCAACGGACUGUUCUUGGUCGUGCUUUCAACGCAAUCAGAUUUCCCCUGAUGUCUGUUGAAGAAUUUGCCAUGGGGCCUGCACAAAGUGGCCUGCUAGAUGACAGGGAAAUAGUUCAAUUGUUUCUUUAUUUCACUGUGAACCCUAAACCAAAUGUUGGGUUCCUGGACACACCGAGAUGCUGCAUGACUGGCAAAGAACUGACGGUGAACAGGUUUCCGCAAACUGAGUCUAGGUGGGGUUACAGUGGCACUAGUGAUAGGAUCAGAUUCACGGUAGACCAAAGGAUUUUUGUGGUAGGGUUUGGGCUGUAUGGAUCAUAUUUUGGACCGUCAGAAUAUGAAGUUCAUCUACAGAUCAUCCACUUGGCCACAAAGAAAGUGUGUGGGUCCAAUACGACAACAUUUUGCUGUGAUGGCACUGAUGACACCUUCAGGGCCAUGUUUAAAGAGCCUGUCGAAAUAUUACCCAACACUUCCUACAUAGCCAGUGCUAAACUCAAGGGGACGGACUCGUACUACGGCACCAAAGGUCUCCGCCGUGUGCCUGUAGACUGCAACAACGGCGAAAAGGUCGUGUUUCAGUUCUCAUACGCGGCUGGAAACAACAACGGCACCUCCGUCGAGGACGGCCAGAUACCCGCCAUCAUAUUCUACAUUUGAGAAGCGCCUGUCUGCUGGCAACACCACAGGCAUACUUUAAACAAACACAAACUUAAAAUAAAACGGACUUAAGGUGUGGCUUACAAGUUUCGGCUUUCGGAUCCGCGGGAAAAUUGACUUUGGUGUGAGUGAGAAUUUCUUGUAAAUACGUUCGUGUAUCUAACAUUAAUCGGUUUAUACAACUAUGCUUAUCGAUAAAAUAGAUAAAUAGUUGGCGAGAGUCAGAAAUUGUUGUAAAUACAUUCGUGGAUAUAAUUAUUAAUCGAUUUGUAAACUAUGCUUAUGGAUCAAUAGAAAAUAGUUUUUUACA